AUGGGGCGUUUCUCGCGCUUCGCGUCGUGCUCCGCGGGGGUCCUCGGGCUGGGAGGCGUCGCCGCCUACGCAGGGUUGUAUUAUAACCACCGGAAAAGCAUGAUCCCGAAGGAGACGCGCUACUACGCUUCCCUCCCCGUCGGACAAGGAGGCGCCAUCGCGCAUCUCCCGACGAGCCGCGAGGAAAUGAUCGAGAGAAUGAAGAAGGAAAGAUUCGACGUACUCGUCAUCGGCGGAGGCGCAACAGGGAGUGGUGUGGCUCUGGACGCCGCCACGCGCGGUUUGAGUUGCUGCCUGGUGGAACGUGAAGAUUUCGGCGGCGGCACAUCCGGCCGCUCAACCAAACUCAUUCACGGCGGCGUUCGCUACCUGGAAAAAGCGUUUGAAGAGCUCGACUUGCGACAGCUGUACCUCGUUUGGGAGGCGCUCGAGGAGCGCGCGCACAUGCUCGCCGCGGCGCCUUACAUGAAUCAUCCUCUGGCGAUUCUCAUGCCCGUCUACAAGUAUUGGCAAGUCCCGUAUUUCUGGGCAGGGGUGAAAGUUUACGGCCUUCUGUCCAAGCUCGUCUGCUGCUUCCAGACUGGCGUUCCGCCCAGUUCGUUUUUCCCUUCGGCGACGAGUCGCUUCUCCUUUCCGCUCCUGCCCGAGGCUGGCCUCAAGGGCUCCUUGCUCUACUUUGACGGCCAGAUGAACGACAGCAGGAUGAACCUCCAACUCGCCUUGACUGCGACGCUCGACGGCUACGUUGAAGGCAUGAAAGGCGCGGCUGUCGCGAAUCACCUGGAAGUCAUCAGCCUCUUGAAAGACGAAGAGGGGAAAGUCUUCCGCGGCCACAACGACGCAGCAUGCGUUGUUCUCUUCCCGCCAGGUCCGUUCUCUGACGCCGUUCGACAAAUGGCCGAUCCGACACAGCCGAAGCUCGUGGAACCUGCAGCCGGCAUUCACAUUGUCCUUCCGCACUGGUACACGUCGGCCUCGCCGUACGGUCUGUUGCUCCCCAAGACCACAGACGGACGCGUUCUCUUCAUGUUGCCGUGGCAGGGAGCGACGGUGGCGGGGACGACCGACGCUCCUUGCGAGCUCUCCGACUCGCCGCAAGCGACCGAGGAAGAAGUCGCGUGGGUGACAAACGAACUUGCAAACUACUUGAAACUCGACGAGAAGCAGAUCCGAGGCGACAUUCGAGCGGUUUGGAAAGGAAUUCGGCCGCUGAUCUCGCACGUGCCGCAGACGAAGGACAACUCGUCGGUCGCAGAUGCUGCUAAGGACGGUCACGUCAGCACUUCAAACGUCGUGCGCUCGCACUACGUCGUUGUCGACGAGAAGACUGGUCUCCUCUCCGUGCUGGGUGGGAAAUGGACCACGUACAGACGCAUGGCUGAGGAAACGCUCGACGCACUGUUGACGGCGCACCGCGACAAAGUUGCGGCAACCCGUCCCUGUCGGACCAAGGCGAUGCUGAUUCAAGGCGCAGUCGACCCCACCGGGGCUCUUUCGUCCAAGGAGUGUAUCCCAGCCUCGGGAGUGUUGGAACUGGAACUGGAGAAGGCGAAUCCGACCUUGUCUUUUUCGCAAGUUCGUCACUUGGUCGAGAGCUACGGCUUCCUGGCCCGUUCGGUCUGUGAAAUCGCGAAGGAGCGUCCAGAGCUCGCCGAGCCGCUGAUCAACGACGGCGCGUUCCCCUUCCUCAAGGCCGAGGUCGUCUACGGCGUGAGGCAUGAAAUGGCUAGGAGCGUCUCGGACGUUCUGGCGCGUCGCAUGCGGAUGGCGUUUGUGGACGCGCCAAAGGCUGAGGCAUGCGUCGACGAGGUUGCUCGGCUUAUGGGCGAGGAGCUUCACUGGGACUCGGCUCAGGUGGCGAAGAAGAAGCAGGAAGCGGUGGCGUUCCUCAAGACGUUCCGCUACUUGCCGGCGUCCGAGGCUGCGUAA